AUGGAAGAGGUGGUGGUCGUAGAAGGGCCCUCAUCCGGUUACGUCGUCAAAAAUCGACCAUAUCUUCUUAGCUGCAAGGCGUUGAAUGCGAAGAAGAUUCGAUUCAAGUGCAACUCAAAAUGGAGCCGAAGUCGAAGCCGGGUUCCCGAUGGAGGAUUUUUCGUGCCAGUGCUACGCGAGCAGAACCUCCGACUCCGAUGUGGUCCGAUCGAAUCCGGCACGCGUCAAGCCAGCAUG